CCGCCAGUAUCGAAGCAUUCAACUAUUCAAUGCGUUACAACGACUUAUACAUGCACUAAUACAUUAAAAAAUUGCAUAGUCGUGCGGAAUAUUAAAUUAGUUGUGUGUAGCAUGAAAGUACAACUGCCACAUUGCCUUAUAAAAUAUGGCAGAUAAAGAGCAUCACGUGCACUUUAGCGGAGCAAGUGGCCCCGGGAAAGACAACAAAAUUGUGAUACAACCGCAACGACAUGGACAAAUAGAUGUUCAUCUUGGAUUCUUACAACUUCAUCAUAGAUAUCAUAUUGAAUUCUUGAUUCCUUGGGAUCUAUGCGUUCAUAGCGAGAGAAACAGUAAUGAACCUGCGAUAGUCACGGAAUAUCAUAAUCCCUAUUGUCAUAUUAUAGAACUAACACAUGAAAAGGAAAGCUUAAAGUUAAAAAUAGAGUUUUUAGCAUAUAAGGAAAAAAUCUUAAAAGAAGAAGUUCAAAUAAUAUGCUGUAAAGCUGGAAUUCCAUUAAUAAUCCAACUGAACGCACGCGUAUUGGGAAAAGACAAAGGGACGCCAUUACUAAGGACUGGAAUACACAAUAUCGGUCUAUUGAAACAACCAAAAGAAGAUGAGGUGCUGGGUACAAAAUUGAAGGCAUCUUUAAGUAUGCAAAAUCAAGAAGAUCUUUGAACAAAACACUGAGAUUGAGAUACACAGAAAGAAAUGCAUCUAAUAGAGGACGUAUAAUAACAGGGAAAACUGAUGCAUGAGAACGUUACUUAUUUCGAACUUUAAUCGUGCAAAACGUAGGUUAGCAUUACAAUGAAAUUCAUCGUUGCGAUCAAUUAUUAAUGAUCACUGUUUUAAUCUUAAGAGAAUCACGUGCACGCACGUUUAAUUUCAAACAUAGCGAAUGUUUUAUCCAUCGAGAUCAACUUAAUUACACAGUCUAUUUCUGCACGAUGUAACUUUCGAAAUAUGCAAUGUUCUUAGGAAAAAAAAAAAAGAGCUUCUCUUCGAAUUUAUUGCAAUUGAUCUAAUUGCACAGGCCUAUAUCACAAUCGCAAGACUUCUUUUUUCUCUUGAAUCGAGAUUAUUAUAACAAUUUCGACGCAAGAAAUAAAGUGUUCCUUUAAUCAGCCAUUUUUUAAAGGAUACACAUCGAAAUAUGUAUAAUUACAGCUAAAUACCGCAUUUGCCUACUGUUCCUUCUUAAACGAAAACGUAUCACGCAAUGCCUAUACAUUAUAUAUAUAUAUAUUUAUAUAUAUAUUAAUAUAUAUAUAUAUAUAUAAAUCUAUUACAUCUUUUAAUAUUUAUCAUCGGUCUAUUCGUUAUAAUGAUAAAAUUGUAUUUUAUUAUCGUUUUACAUCGAGCAAAGAUUUUAAACGAUAAGAAUAUAUUACUAAUCAAAAGCAAGUUUCACAAAUAACGAUGCUGUUUUCUAAUUCCUUGCUAAGCUAAUAUUAGAAUUAUUAAAAUGAACGAAUUCAAUGAAAGUGUUUUACUAAC